GGUGUAAAGAAAACGCCUCAGAAGAAGAAGAAGCCACGAUGGCGGAGAACAAGAUGGGACCAAACAUCCAGGCUGGAGCUGGAUUUCUCGCCAAACGGGUCCAGAAGUCUUUAAAUCGAGCUCAAGAGAUGGUCCUUCAGAAGCUGGGGAAAACUAUGGAGACCAAGGAUGAACAGUUUGAGCAAUGUUCCCAGAACCUCAACAAACAACAGUCUGAUGGAAACAAGUUAACCAAAGAUGUGAAAGCCUACUUCGCAUCAGUGAAAGCAAUGCAUGAGGCAUCCAAAAGAUUGUCCCAGACUUUGAAAGAGAUCUAUGAGCCAGACUGGAAUGGAGCAGAAGACCUGUCUGUCAUUAGAGAAAGUGAAGACUUGCUGUGGAAUGACUAUGAAGAGAAACUGAUGGAUCAGAUUGUCCGCACCAUGGACAACUAUUCAAGCCAGUUCCCUGAAGUCAAGGAACGAGUUGCCAAACGCGGCCGUAAACUAGUGGACUAUGAUUCGGCACGCCACCACUUGGAGGCGCUACAGAGUGCCAAGAAAAAGGAUGAUGGCAAGAUGGUCAAGGCGGAGGAAGAGUUCAACAAAGCCCAGAAUGUCUUUGAAGAAAUAAACAAGGAGCUGAGAGAGGAGCUGCCUGUUCUCUAUCAGAGUCGAAUAGGUUGCUAUGUGACCGUGUUCCAAAACAUAUCAAACUUGAGGGACGUCUUCUAUAAGGAAAUGAGCGUGCUGAAUCAUGAGCUGUACAAUGUGAUGACGAAACUGGACACUCAACACUCAGGAAAAGCGUUCAUCAUCAAGGGGCUUAAUAGCACCAAAUCAAAGAAGAGGACAUCCCUGAUCAUCUCCAGCCCUAUUCCCUGCAACACAGCCUUCCCAACUGACCACGUCUCCAUCCAUUCCCUCCCCCAGAAUGGGAAGGAUGUUGAGUCCGCCACUGCUAGCUCAUGCCCCCAAAGCACCUCUGAGGAAUCCGGUCAGCUAGAGGAGGACACUGGCAGUGGCACUGUUGCCUCCUCCAAAGAUGUCACGGCAUCAGACUCAGAUGAUAUCAGCUCCAAUGACGCCGACACACCCAAUCGUCAGUCAGUGUGUGACAGUGAGAGUAGCGACAGGAGUGCAAGGAGCGAAAGCCAGGAGGAGAUGAAGGCAGAGGUGGAGGUGGAGUUGGAUCUCGGCACGAGUCAGUUGGAUGACUUGGGGCCCAGAGACCUGAAGCCACAGGCCUCCACUGAGGAGGUGUCUGGUCCUUCAGAUUCUGUAGGUGGAGAUUUCUCACAGAGCACUGAACAGGAGAACAUAACUGAUCCACCGUUGCAGGAGGUCAAGAUUAAAGCCCCGCCAGUUCCUGCACCACGGCUCUCCUUCCACUCCUCAGACGAACACUCCCUCCCCAGUGUGGAUGAAAGCCAGGUGGAAGAGAGCAGAGAUGCAACAUCUCAGGACCAGGAGAGCAACGACUCAGGAACUGACUCUGAUUCCCAGAAUCCACCUGGCUUUCUUUACAAGGGGGUGGCGAUAGAGAGCCAUACAACAACGGAAGAGGGCAUGCUGCAGUUUGAACAGGGAGACGUUAUCCUGUUGCUUGCUGACACUCAGAAGGAAGACGGAAUGGUGAAGGGGAUCAGAGAGGAGAGCUGGAAACAGCACGGGGACCUAGAAACUCACUCUGGGACCUUCAUGAAGAAUCUCAUCCAGCCGUCCCAGGCAGAAUGAUGUAAUAAACUCUGUCAUACAUUUCUUUCCCCACCAAGCUGCUGGUGACACACACACACACACACACACACACACACGCACACACGCACACACGCACACAUGCACAGAUGGAGUGAAUUCGUGUGUUGUGGGUGUAGAGGCUAUACAAAUGGAGGAGCAGAAGUCCCACGUGAUUAAUCCCAUGCUGUGAUGUCGCAACUCGUUGGACCAUGCUGAUAUUUUUCAGUGUGAGAAGAGGUCUGGAUUGUUAAAUGUUCAGCUUUGUGUUUGAUUUAGUUUUUUUUUGUUGUUUUGUAUUUUUAAAUGUUCCUGUUAAACAAUGUGAAACAAAAGUAGAUUUUUAUACUAACGUAUGAAUAUGAAUAAUAAAGUUGUAACUACUCCAAAUGCAUGUCUGACAUGCGUUCUCUAA